ACUGUGGCCUUCAGGCAUUGUCCCUUGCAAAGCCAUGUGGCUGUACCUGGCAGCCCUCGUGGGCCUGUACUACCUCCUGCGCUGGUACCGGGAGAGGCAGGUAGUGAGCCACGUCCGAGACAAGUAUGUCUUCGUCACGGGCUGUGACUCGGGCUUCAGGAAACAGCUGGCCAGGCAGCUGGACCUGCGAGGCUUGAGGGUGCUGGCUGCGUGUCUGACGGCUGCGUGCCUGAGCAUGCGGGAACACAGGCACCACCCCGCUUCCUGUUUACAGUGUCUUAGAAUUGAUGUGACCUGUGAAUUGGAACCCCAGCUGUGUUCUAACCCCUGGGCACAGCGCAGUGUUGCUCUCUUGCCCCUACUGUGCGCAGGGCUGUGGGACCUGGUAAAUAACGCAGGUAUCUUCAUGCCCACGGCACCCAAUGAGUGGCUGACCAAACAGAACUUCGUGAAGAUCCUCAACGUGAACCUGUUGGGGGUGAUCGAGGUGACCCUGAGCCUUAUGCUCCUAGUAAGGAGGGCAAGGGGCUGUGUAGUCAGCAUCUCCAGUGUCUUGGGCCAGAUGACCCUUUGCGGUAGGGGCUAUUGCAUCUCCAAGUAUGGCGCUGAGAUCUUCUUGAACUCCCUCAGGAGGGAGCUCUCCCACUUUGGGGUGAAGGUAGCUGCGAUCGAGCUUAGUUACUUCAAGACCAGCAUGACCAGGAAUGAGACAUUUUCUCAGGGCUUCCAGGAAGCAUGGGACGGGGCCAGCCCAGAGGUCAAGGAGAUCUAUCGGGAGAAGAUCCUGGCAUCCUUUUUGAAAAACUGCAAGUUGAAUCUACCUUUUCUGACACACUGCAUGGAACACACACUGACCUCCUGCCACCCUUGCACCUGAUACUCACCUGGCUGGAACACCAAGCUCUUCUACCUCCCCAUGAGCUACAUGCCCUCCUUCCUGGUGGAUGCCAGGAUCUACUGGAUGUACCCAAAGCCUGCCAAGGCCCUGUGAAGCUAACGCUGGGGUG